AUGGAUUGCGGUGUGUGCAUUUUGCUCGGGCUACUCGCCAUCCUCUUCGCCUGGAUCGCCAUGAAAUUCUACAAGAGCGGGCUGAUGAGCAAAGUUGAGGUGAUCACCACCGACAAGCCGACGUUCCUCCAAAAACAUUUGGUCGUCUACUACAAGCACGUCAUCGGGCACUACAAGAAGUCGGGCGCUAUUAUGGAGGAGGCGCGCGGCCUGUUGCCGGCCGGGGCCACCACCUUUGGGAUCUACUAUGAUGAUCCGGAUCAGAUUUCCGAGCAAUUCCUCCAAUCGGCUGCCGGUGCUGUUUACUCGGUUGGCGACGAGAAGCUCUUCCCGGAAAAUUACACGGAACAGCUGACGCGUUGGGGCUACGAAAAGAUGACGCUCCCCAUCGUGGAGAAGGCCGUCGAGACGAAGCAGCCCUUCGACGGUUUCCUCUCCCUGAUCGCCCUCGUCAACAACACAUACACCAGCAUUAAGGAUUACGUGAAGGAUCACCGUCUGGAGACGACCACCGUCGUCGAGAUCUACACGAGCAACCAGGUACACGUGCUCCUUCCCCUCGACCACUCCAACGAGUUCUUGGUGCCCGAGUACACAACCGUCGAGGAGCUCGAGUCGCGCCAGGCCCGGAAGCGCUUUGACUCGGAUGAGAGCGACAGCGAGAGCGAGCCGUUCAACGAAAACGAGGCAUCGGAGCGCAGCGAGUUCGAGCACGACCACGAGACCGAGGAGGAGGCCGAGGUGUCCGAAACCGAGAAGAAGAACGAA